UUCCGACGCAGCCUGUGGUGCACUUUCGGCGGCUUCCACUUCCCGGGCCUUCCAGCGCGGUCUUUCCGGGCCUCGCUUCCCCCAGCCGCUGCACCCCACCCAAAUGAGAGUUUCUGGAGCCCCGGCUCGGGCGGUCUCCCGGGUGUAGACGCUGCUGGUCAGCCCGCCCCAGCCGAGGUUCUCGGCACCGCCUUGAGAGCUUCAGCUGCCCAGGAUUAGAAUCCCAAGAAAAUCAAAUGGCAUCCGGGGAUUUCUGCUCACCUGGAGAAGGGAUGGAAAUACUUCAACAAGUGUGCAGCAAACAACUUCCUCCUUGUAACCUGAGUAAAGAGGACCUGUUACAGAACCCAUACUUCAGCAAGCUUCUCCUGAGUCUCUCACAGCAUGUGGAUGAGAGUGGCUUAAGCCUCACCCUAGCAAAGGAGCAGGCUCAGGCAUGGAAGGAAGUUCGACUGCAUAAGACAACAUGGUUGAGGUCUGAGAUUUUACAUAGAGUCAUUCAAGAGUUGCUUGUGGAUUACUAUGUGAAGAUGCAAGAUACAAAUUUAACUUCUGAGGACAAAAAGUUUCAUGAGACCCUUGAACAACGGCUACUUGUAACUGAACUGACUCGGCUCGUAGGUCCUAGCCAGGAGAGGGAGAUACCUUCACUGCUAGGGCUGGAGAAGGCAGACCUUCUGGAACUCAUGCCACUCUCAGAGGUUGGGGGAAGAUAUUGGAACCAAAUAAAUGAAAUGGGUUUUUCUAUCAGUCCUCUGCCUCUUUGCUCAGAUGCUGACAGUGAAACUGUGAAGGCAGCAAAGGUUUGGAAACUCGCAGAGGUCCUGGUGGAUCAGCAGCAGCAGUGCCAGGAUGCCAAGAGCCAGCAGAAGGAGCAGAUGGUGCUGCUGGAGAAGAAGAAUGCCACCUACUCCCAGGUGCUUCUCCGCUGCCUCACUUUGCUGCAGAGGCUUCUUCAGGAACACCGGCUGAAGACUCAAUCUGAGCUAGACCACAUCAAUGCCCAGUACCUGGAAGUCAAAUGCAGUGCUAUGAUCCUUAAGCUGAGGAUGGAGGAGCUGAAGAUUUUGUCUGACACUUACACUGGUGAGAAAGUGGAAGUUCAUCGUCUGAUUAGGGACCGUUUAGAGGGAGCCAUUCACCUACAGGAGCAGGAUAUGGAGAAAUCAAGACAGGUCCUGAACUCCUAUGAGGUCCUUGGGGAGGAGUUCGACAGGCUGGUGAAAGAGUACACCGUACUCAAACAGGCAAUUGAGAAUAAGCGGUGGGCCCUCCAGGAGUUCAACAAGGCCUACCGUUGAGCUCUGAAAGGGCCAGGAAGCAUGGCUUCUGCACAGUUGCUGCCUCCUAAUCUUCCUGCUAGUAGGACUGACCACCUUCACCUGGGCUGCCUUCACUACAAGGGAAUGUGAGAGUGCUUGUGCUUACUUGACACGCUGUAGUCAGUUAGGCACCCUCCCUGUUUCUCCUUUAUAAUGACUGGGCCUCUUCUGGAAAAUCUAGCAAGUAGAUUUAUAUAAUUUUUAUGCAUAGCUUUUUGUCAGUGUCAGCCCUGUAUUGUAUUUGAUUAUCUAAUGAAUAAAGUUAUGACAUUAUAUCUUA